GAUACUCCCUAAUGGCAUAACGCACGUACAUCAGUCGGAGGAGAGUGGCUGUGUGUACCAUCUUGAUAGUUGGGGUAUUUGCGGUUUUCGUGUUGAUCUCGUGAAACAUCUAAUAUAUUUCCGCUCCUACUCCUUUGGGUGAUCUACCCUACUUCCAAGCAGGGGUAUAUAUAUAGUCGGGUGUCCCGGGUAGUGUCACCACAGUCAAUCAGCAUGUCUGUCUGCGCCAUCGUAGUCCUUCUUCUGACUCUUGAGACAGUGAAUGCAGGCUUACGAAAUCAGGGCCCGAGCCAGCAGAUUUCAGACCAGCCCACACCAAACAAUGACUCGUUCGACAAACAUCAGUUUCUGAACGUUAUAGCGGAUAAACAGCUGGGGGUGGAGGGACUCGUUGAUGAACUGGAGGACAGAGCCAGGGAGCUGCAGACAGGACAGGAUUGGGAUAGCGCUCUGGGGACGGUGUAUGGUGUGACGGAGGACGCUAACAACGUGGUCGAGGACGCCUUUCUGUAUCUGGAGAGGGCGUUCGUACAACUGUGGACCUCCCACCGAGAUGGUCCAGAGCCGCCGUUCUGCGGAGUGUCAGUGGAGUACGUGUUGUCUGGGAAAGACGGUCACGGGGUCAUCGAUUACGAUCUUGCGUCGACUUUCUUGUCCAAUGACCUUCAGUGCUUUGCUUCGAAGGUGAAGGACAUAUUCAGAGAAUUCGAGGAUCACAGUGAGGAAGCCUCACCACACGAUCAUGUUCCAGAUGAUCUGCCAACUUCUUCUCUGCUAAAGGGCAUCAAGGAUGUUCUGUCAAAACUGAUCGACCUCCAUGACUUUGGGAGGGGCCUCCAGACAGCUGUUACCAUUAUGAGACAAGAAACAGAAGCAACACAGGAACUAGGUCUAACCGAAGGUCAAGGUCAAGCUACGACGGAAGCAGCAACAGAAGAACUGGGCCCUGACGGUGAGGGGCAACUUCAGGGAAGAAGUGAACAUGAGGGAGAUUGGGAGGAAGAUGAGGAGGGCGAUGAGGAGGAGGAGGAGGAUAGGCUAGAAAAGGAGGUGACGACGCUUCUGGGGAGGUACAUUCUAGAGAGAAACUCUCGUCAAGUGGGUGAUGCGGACUCGCAAGGGAUCUCAAGAAGGAGAAGGUCCGCCCCCCUGUCAGCCAGACUAGCCAGAUACAUCCUGUACACUGUCUGAGGUGUACUUUGUAACAGCUCUUUCAUAUCCCCCUAGUUUAAUUAAA